AUGGCGGAGCUCUACGUGAAGCCGGGUCUGCCUCUGGUGCGGGGAGCCGGGGGAGCCGUGCCUGGGGAGGGGGCCCUGGAGGUGCCGUGGGUGGAGCGCCGGGGUACUGGGUCCCUGUCCGGGUGGUGGGGCGCGGGGGGCAGGGCGAGCCCCGUCCUGGCGCAGGGGCCCGAGCUCCCAUGUCUGCGGGAUCCGCUUUGUCUCCCACAGCGAAUCACUCUGCGCUUUGCUGCCGCAGGGAACCAGGAGCGUGGCUGGAACGACCCUCCCCAGUUCUCCUACGGGCUGCAGGCGCAGGCCGGGGGUUCCAGGCGCAGCUUGCUUACCCGCCGGGCCUGCCCUCCGCCCGAGGGGGCCCCUCCAGGGGCUCCUCCGGACCCGGCCCGUGCCCCCAGCGUCCCCGCAGCUCCGCCCCCACGAGCGCUGGGGCCGCACCCCCCCGGGGCCGCCAGCCCCGCUCCGCGGGCGGGGAGCGCGGGGACGAGCGCCGCGGACUGCCCGGAGGAGCGUGGCCUGUCCGCCGACGCCGUCCUCGCCCCGCUGAAGGAGGCCCUCGAUGCCUGCCGCGCCAGGGUGCAGAAACAAGUGUGUGAUGACAUUGGGCGGCGUCUGACCCUGCUGGGGGAUGCCUGGGCUCAGGGGAAGCUCUCCGCACCGGUGAGGAAGAGGAUGACCCUCCUGGUGCAAGAGCUCCAGCAGCAGCACUGGGAUGCAGCUGAUGAGAUCCACCGCUCCCUCAUGGUGGACCACGUGAACGAGGUGAGCCAGUGGCUGGUGGGCGUCAAGCGCCUGAUCGCCGAGACCAGAAGCCUGCCAGCUGCGGAGACAGAGGGCAGCUCCGAGGCUGACCCAGGCCAGGAGGAUCCCUGAUGUCAGGCAUGGGUCUGCAGACUGUGAGCAGGGGAGCCUGUGCCCAGGGCCAGCGCCAGAAGGGCCCGAGGGUGCCCGGACACCUCCUCUGCUCCCACUCCUUGCCCAGGGAAAGGGAUUUUAAUCAUGUUGACAUUUUAGUGGCAAUUCGCUGCCUGGUUUACCUGUUUAAUAAACAGCACUAACCUGCCUCUGGCCACAGCCUGGCCUGG